CCAUAAUCCGUGACUUGUCCUCUGACUUCGCUAAGACAAAUCAAGUAACAACAGUAAGCACACUUUGGACCAAUUUUUCCCCUCUCUUUCCAUCUGGAUUCACUGGAAAUGAAGAUUGCUAUCACCGGAUGCAAUGGGGGUGUAGGGAGAUGUGUCGUGCUCUGGGUGCUGAAGGAAGGGCACACUGUUGUUGGUGCAGACUGUGUCAUUGCAGAAGAUACCGACUUCUACAACAAUCCUGCCUUUUCUUUCCACCCAGUGGACCUGAAGGACUUUGAUGCGACUUUGAAGGUUUUCAUGGGUUGUGAUGCAAUCAUCCAGUUAGCAGCUUUUGCGCAACCGAUGGACUACAAAACCAAGGUGCACAACGAAAAUGUUGUGAUCACUUGGAAUGUCCUGCGUGCAGCUGCUGAGUUAGGAAUAAAUCGUGUCGCACUGGCGUCCUCAGUCAAUGUCUUGCGUGGGGUGUUCAGCACAGAGCCCACCUUUCAAUAUUUUCCGAUCGACGAGAAUCACCCAUGCGAGCCUGACGAACCUUAUGGACUUUCUAAAUUAAUUGCUGAGAUACAAGCAGAUACGAUCGUCCGAAGAUACCCAUGCAUGCGAAUUGCAAGCAUUCGAAUCCACUGCUUUGUUCCUACUCGUGCGCGUGCCUGUAGACAGGAUCACUUCCGCUUCCGAGGUGACCUUUGGGGCUACGUCCAAAUGGACUCAGCAGCAGACGCCUUCCUGCGUGCAGUGACGGUGAAAGUGGAUCGUUGGACAGGGCACGAGACAUUUUUUAUUGUUGCACCCCAGCUGGCCGCCGAUGAGGACUGGUUAGAACUGAAGGAGAAGUACUUCCCCAAUGUAACAGUCAAACCUGGCUGGACCGAGAGUGGCACGAAAGGAUUCUUUGACUGUCGUAAAGCUGAGCACUUGCUUGGCUGGGUCCACACGGACUAUGCAUGAACAUGUAGGAAUACAGCGGUUCUAUGUCAUUUGUAUUGAUAACAUGCGAGACUUGCACAUUCCAAGCGGCACAGGAUGAGUACCUGGGCCCUCAAACCCCGUUCUCGACUAUCGUUUCUUUUGUGCUGCCACAAUGCACGGGUACUGGCCGCCUUAUUCUUUGUCGUGGAGUUCGACGCCUUCUCACGAUCAGCUAGUUGUUCUAUUCGAUCCAAC